AUCACUCAUUUCUCUCUCUCACACACAAAUACGUCUGUCUGUUUGUGUAGUAGCGCGUAAUCACAAUCACUAUCACAAAUCCAUUUACAAAAUACAGACACAAAUUUCAACCGGUGUGAACUCAUCAAGCAAAUCAAUAUCUACAUUUUGCCACCGGAAUAUCCCAGAUUCCGGUUGCUUUAAAAUGAAUAGGAAUAAUAGAAAUAUGGAUAGACCGAUUCCGGGAUGCUUAGGAAGGAUGGUCAACCUUUUCGAUUUCGAUGCAAGGCUAGGAGGAAACCUGAUGCUUACAGACAAGCCACACUAUGAAGGUUCUCCGGUGUCUAGGAGUCAAUCGGAUGUGUCAUGGACGCGUGUAGCCGAUGAUCAGAUGAGCGAUAAAAUGAUGAUUUCUGAGUUAAGAAAAUCUCCAUCGAAUAGGAAAGCAAAUGGGACACCUAUAAAGAUGCUUAUUGCACAUGAAAUGUCAAAGGAAGAAGGCCCUAAGCAAAGCCCGCCCAAUUUGGUUGCUAAGUUAAUGGGGCUUGAUGAUCUUCCACAACGUUCGGCUUCAUGCAGGAGCAAUAUAAGGGGAUCGAGGAGCUAUUCGGGGUCGUUGGACUUUAUGCCAAAAGUGCACGAUGAAGUUAGUCAGUACAAAGAUGUUUUUGAAAUAUGGCAGCAGUCCUGCAAUACGUAUGGUGAUUCACCACAAAAGGUGAGAUAUAAAGAUACCAAGAUCGAUAAAAACAUGGCUCUAGUUCGUGAGAAGUUCAUGGAAGCAAAACGUUUAUCUACUGAUGAAAAGCUUCGCCAGUCCAAGCAAUUUCAAGAUGCGUUGGAAGUUUUAAGUUCGAAUAAAGACUUAUUUCUCAAGUUUCUGCAAGAACCUAAUUCGUUAUUCUCUCAACACCACAACUUACAGUCUGUACCUCCAGCUCCAGACUCAAGACGGAUAACAGUUCUUAGACCUUCGAAGUUGGUGGAUGGUCAUAAGUUAAGUGGUUCAGGUAAGAAAAGUGGAAAACAGAUUAACAAGACUGCACAACUUGGAGACUGUAAUAUGUGGGAUAAAUUUAAUGGCAACAUUACUCAGCCAACUCGCAUUGUUGUACUGAAACCAACCUCUGGAAAGCCUCACGAUAUGAAUGCUGUUACUUCCCCUCCUUCAUCGUUAAUGGUAUCAAAUGAUGAUGGAUUUUAUGGAGAUCUAGAAGAUAAUGAGGCACCAGAAUCAAAAGAAGUACCCGAAGAGAUGCCCCCAAGCCGCCACAGAAGAGACGAGACCCUGCCCUCUUCUGUUUUUUCCAAUGGUUAUAUUGGAGAUGAGAGUUCAUUCAGUAAAUCUGAAGUUUAUUAUGCAGCAGGGAAUCUGAGUGAUUCAGAAGUGAUGUCACCGACCUCUCGACACUCGUGGGACUAUGUUAACCGUUUUGGUACCCCUUAUUCAUCCUCCUCAUUCAGCCGUGCAUCUUAUUCUCCAGAGUCAUCUGUAUGUAGGGAGGCCAAGAAACGUCUCUCUGAAAGAUGGGCAAUGAUGGCAUUAAAUGGGACUGUUCAAGAACCAAGACAUGUAAGAAGAAGUUCCAGUACAUUGGGCGAGAUGCUUGCUCUUUCUGACCUAAGUAAAUCGCUAGAGUCAGAGGAACAAUGUAAAAAUUCUGGUGAAUUUAAUAAGAGUCAAGAUGCUGAUAGUACUCCUAAAAAUCUUUUGAGGUCAAAAUCGGUUCCGGUAUCUUCUACAGCAUCAAGUUCCAGACUUGGCGAAGUUUCAGAGAUCUUGAAAGUUAAAAAAGAUGAUACCAAGGAGUUGACCAAGGAAAAAAGUCUUAAAUCAUCUUCAUUCAAGGGGAAAGUUUCGAGUUUAUUUUUCUCUAAGAGUAGAAAGUCUAGCAAGCAAAAAUCUCAAAAGUCCAAGGGGGAACAGAAAUCUGCAAGAAGCAGUGGUAAUGAUGAAUCUCAAUGCAUUAAUGACAUAGUGGUUAAGGAUGCAGCAGGACGACAUGGUCCUGUUGAUGUAGGGCUAGUAGGCGAACAUUUACCCGAGGGGGGAUUUUCUGUCACAAAGAUUGAAACUCUUGGAAAUGCUGUCGAGAACCAGGACCAGCCAAGUCCUGUCUCGGUCUUGGACUUACAAUUUGAUGAUGACGAUCGUAAGUCAGGGUGUUCUCUAAAUGCCAAGUUGAAUGAGCAUGAUCCUAUGAAGUACAAUUUGAUCGAUAAAUCUCCACCAAUUGGAUCUAUUGCACGGACACUAUCAUGGGACGACUCUCAAGUGGGGUCUGUCACUCCCCUUUCAGUAAAAACCUUCACACCGGAGGAAGAAGAGCAAGAAUGUUUCUUGCAUGUUCAAACACUACUAUCAGCAGCUGAAAUCGAUAGUAGUGUUCAAUUAAAUUCAUUUUCAACCAGACGGCAUUCACCUGAAAGCCCACUGGACCCGUCUUUGAGAGACAAGUAUAUGAGCCUAACAGAUAAAGAGCCACCGGUGCUCGACUCCAAACAAAGACACCAAAGAUCAUUUCAAAAGCUCGUGUUUGACUGUGUCAAUGAGGCCUUAAUAAACGUUCCCCAGAAAGACAUAAUGUUGGUGGACCACGUAUGGGGCCAGAUGAAGGAAUGGAUAUCUGGGGAACAACGGUGUGUCUGGGAUGGUGAUGACGAAGAUGGCUGCACCACCACUCUGGUUGUGGAGAUGGUGGCGAGGAAAGAGGUCGUAGGUGAGGUUUGGGCGGAGCACUUGAGAUUUCAUGUUGAUAAUAUACGAAAAGAAAUAGAAGAGAUUUUGUUGAAAGAACUUGUGGAAGAAUCUGUGCUUGAGUUAACAGAUAGAGUGAUUUUGGCUUACACUCCCUAAUCUGUCUCACAAUUAUUCGUAUAUUAUUAACACUAUGAUGAUUUCUUGCAAGUUUCAUGGCCUUUUCCUGAUAUCAUCUGUUUAGUAAUACAAAAUAAGUAUCACGUCAGGCCAAAUUCAGGGUCCAUUCUGUACAGUUUUUGUGAUCUAGUUCAAAGUAAUUACAAUGAAAAACAAAUGUUUGUGUA